UUUCAAUCGUCUGCACUUAGCUCGCAGAAGCUGAUCUGGACAGGCAGUAUUUUGAUGGUGAGCCACCGGGUCUUGCACGUCGCUGUGUUUGUUUUAGUCAUCAUAACACGGGAAUGGGAUGGAACAAGUUUAUGGCCUGAACUUCCCGUAAUAAUCUACAACUGCGGUUACAAAAGGCAUGGACGUUUAAAACAGGGAGAGUUUGAAAAUAUUCAGUUGCAGUAGGUGUUAAAGGAUGUCAGACGUCGUAGAGGAUCACAGGAGGUCUAGCGACAUAAGAAAAGAUGCAGGCGACAAAACAUUAUCAACCAAAGAACGUUUCUACUCUGGAGCAAUUUUCCUAAUUUUUAUUAUAUGUUUCUUGGGAUUUUGGAAACGUUACGCAAUUGCUGUAGGUGUAGCUUUAGGACUUCUUCUAAUAUUAUUUCAUUUCAUCUUUCAAAAAUACACUAAAACUGACGACGUAGAGGCGGAUAUAGGCGUAAUAGAUACGACGACGGAUGUUUGUCACACGGAUGAAAAAGAAGAUAUUAUCGGUAUUGUAUGUGUAGGCAAUGAACGAAUACUUACGACUUUAGGAACAAGGGACGCGUCGUCUGUACAUAGAUCAGGUCUGCCUUCUGUUACAGACGUGGAAAUCGCUAGUCACUAUUUUCACAGAUUGGAUUCUAUAACCGAAGUGCUGCAGGAAUCUCAAGUAGACGAAGGCAUUGGCAACGACGCAUAUGAAAUUGACGUAGACGAUGUCACCCAUUCCGGUUCCAGUCCACCAAACUACACUGACGUCCGACACGUGAUUUACACAGGAUUACUGCAAACCCACUUUUUGUAGACUCACUACAAUCAAUAUGGUUAUAUAGACUCAGUUAUAUUUAUAUAAUAUUAACAGGAUAAGUCUUCCACUGGAUUCCGUUUGUAAAAAAAUGAACUCUGAUAGCUAAUGCAAUAGGCAUUUACCGAGAUUAUAAUAUCUUAUUCAGUCCCACAGCUCUGUUGGUAGAGGAAAUAGGCCUACACGUUUCUGGCUGGGGGUUAGUUUUCAUAUAAAACCCUAAUUAAAACAACUUUAAAACUUAAUUUACUAUUUUGUGCAUAGCCCUACAUAGGCCUAAGAUAGGAAUAUUUUUUGGUGUGAGUCACACCAAGAAUACGGUAACUUACGAAGUCCGAAGACUUGUUUCCAGUGGGGUUCUUCUGGUGGUGAAUCGGGCAGAACACCGAAUCCCUACUCUUUCCCGAAGAGUACUGUACUGCAUGCGUUCUUUAACGUGCACGGGUUUUAAUCGUCUCACGCGAAAGACGGUGUUCUAACUUGUAUUUCAGCCCUCCAGCUGAGACACAAGGAAAGAAGAGGUGGGAAUUGCAUAAGCUAAUAACAUUACAUAUUGCCUUACAUUUUACCAAAUCGAUUCAAAAUUUGGAUUGACUAAAUUUCAUAAUGAUACAGUACUUUUUCCGUCCAUUUGCACGAGUGCUGUUGUAUGAUCUCUGAACUGAAGAGGCUUAUUGAAUAAAAAUCACCUUCGUUGAGAUCGAUGAAAA